AUGAGAGAGUACCACUUUGUGAAGCUCUUAAAGCACUGGGCUGCUGCACAAAGCUAUUGCAGAGAGAUGUUCACUGACCUGGCCACCGUAGAAAACGAGGAUGACAACAAGAGGAUGAAGAGUGUAAUCCGUGACGCUAACAAAUGGUCGUACAUAGGGCUUCGUGAUGACCUGAUCAGAUGGAAGUGGGCUCUGGGAAAUGUAGAUUUCAAUAACAAUUUAGAUUUCAGCAAGUGGGUCAUCGAUGAGCCCGACAAUGCAAACUUCAACCAAUUCUGUGUGAUAAUGAACCAACAUGGAGAGUGGCGUGACAACCUGUGUCAGAAAAAAUAUCCAGCAGUUUGCUUUGACGAAAAAGGUCCGUCCAAGUACAUUUUAACAGAAUCUGUGAUGACUUGGCACAAGGCUCGGACCUACUGUACAUCCCAUCACACAGAUCUUGCCAGUGUGAGAAACACGUCUGAGAAUUCUGUCAUCAAGUCGCUCCUGUCAACGAAAACCUGGAUUGGUCUCCACAGAAAGCCCUGGUCUUACUGGUCAGAUCAGACUCCUGUCACCUACACUAACUGGCACCCAGAUGAGCCCAUAAACCAUAACAGCAAGGAAUCGUGCGCUAUUGUGAAUCCACGCUCAGCAAAGUGGAUAAACAGGAAGUGUAACUACAAAGGGCGCCACUUUGUCUGUGAAAGCGUGUUUCACCCAAAGAACAGAACAAUGUUCAAGUUGAGGUUCCGGUCUGAGGCCGAGCUGAACGACCCGGACGUUCAGCAUCAGAUUUUAAAGCAG